GCCACACUAUUAGGUUCCCAUACUUAUGGUGCUAUAACAUUUUCCCUAGUAUAUCUUGGUUGCACACAUAUAAAUAUUGGCAUGAAGCCUUCUAGUCGAAGACGUCCACCUAUAUGGUGGACUGCUCAGGAAGAUGGAAUCCUCUUCAGGACUGUCCACACUUGCACGAUUCGUGGGGAGGACCAGUCUCCUCCAUCAGAUCCGAAGAAAGCCAGAAAAGAUACCAUCGCAUGGAAGCUGGUUGCACAAUCAUUACCAGGGAGGACGAAUAGAGAUUGCCGCAAGAGAUGGUUCAAGAUCGACCGUCGCUGGGUGCAAGGGCCUUGGGCGUCAGAUGAAGAGACGCGAUUAAGGGAAGCUGUUGCAAUAUACGGACCCGAGUGAGUGUUAUCGACGUCGUUGUUCCGUUGUAUCAAGGAUAUAGACGUGAGUAUCUCCUCCCCACAUGGAUAUACAGAGUGAAUGCUCACACAUAUAACGAGACAAAAGAAUGCUCGGAGCACUGGGCGCAAAUUCUCCAUCCAAUUGUCGCCAGCCGAAGCCGGGAAGAGGCGGAUGUAAGUUGAAUCCAUUGCGAAACUGCCAGGCGUCAUCUUACGAGUCUCCCGCAGGA